CAACGGCGCCGUGCGGCGGGAGCGGGGCAGCCCGCAGGUGCAAUGGCCACAGCGGCUUUUCGGGACUCAGCACCGGCUCAGCUGCGCUUCCGUCCGGGCACAGCCACUGUGCCGUGGGCCAGCAGUGUCACCAUGCACGUCUCCAGGCCCAAAUCUGCCAAGGGACAGAGGCCAAGCCUGAGCCACCGUCAGGGCAUGGAAGCCUGUCUGUGCCACGUGCCAUCCUCCCCGCUGGCAGCCUCUCCUCGGGAGUUAGUGAGCAGCCGGAGAGCAGCACUCACAAAACCGGCGUUCCCACCUGCCCAGGUGUCCUGUGAGAAAAUCUCAAAGCUCCUGCAGCAAGUGCCUCUGAAGACCUCCUCCUCCCUGAACAAGUACCGGGUGCUCCCCUCCAUCAUCCGCAAGGGCGCGGGGAGCGACGCCGUGGGAGCCUUGGCUGAACGGACCGAGCGGCUGCAAGUGAGCGAGGGGCAGGAGGAUGCUCCAAAAGCCAAGACUGUUUCUGGAGGACAGAGAUCUGCCAGCACGUUGUCAGGAAGUGACAUUGGCACUGAAGAGAGCUCACAGAGGCGCUGUGCCCCCGGGCAGUGGGGGAGGCAGCAGAGGCAGCAGAGCUCUCGGGUGCUCCCUGUGAGCCCGGAAGGGCCGCACGUGCUGCUCGCUGUCCGGUCUCCCUCUGGGCAGAGGUUUGAGCACCACUUCAGGCCCUCUGACAGUCUCCAGACGGUCCUUGCCGUGGCAGGACAGAAACUAUUGGCCAACUUCCAACACUGCAGGGUUGAAACCAUGGAGGUUCCCCGGAGGAGCUUCUCUGACCUUACCAAGUCCCUUCAGGAGUGCGGGAUCCUGCCCAGGUCCGUGCUGUGCAUCCGACGGGACGAGCAGCACCGUGCAGCAGAUCUUUAGGCACACAGGGAUGCUGUGGGUCUUUCUGCUCAGUGCUUCUUCCAAAAAAUCCAGUCUGAUGCUUCCUGCACCCACUUGAUCUUCCAUGUCCCACGAAAUCCCCAUGAAGCAGAGAUAUGAAUAUGUAAUAGUGUUUGGAAUAGUAUUUCAGAUGCAUAAACCUGAUUCAUACAGAGCAGCUCGUGUCACCUGUGCCAUCACAAAUGUCUUCCUCAGCACCACCAAUCUUCAGCCUUUCUGGUGUGUUGAAGUUGCUGAUGUUUGAAAUCUCAGGUUUCCAAGGCUUCUCCCCUUGUCCUUUUCUGUGUUUUGGGAAGGUACCACUUCUCUGAAUGCAGUAGCACCAUUUAGAAAAGUAGAAACAGAACUGGUUAAGCUGCAGGACCACCUUCAGUAGUUUAUCAUUAUCCUAAACAUCUUCUCAAGAGACUGAAAAGGAGAUCAUACCCUGAAGCCAUCUGGAAAUAACAGUAAUAACACAUUAAUGAAUUACUGUGAAGUAUUAAAUUGCAAGACUGAUUGUAAAAUCCUGUGAGGGUUCAGUUGUUUCUGGGUAACCUCAGUCCAGCUCGUAACUGUGACUAAAUCAUCUUUUUAAAAACAAAUUAUUAUUAUUUUGGCUGUCUUGGGGAGCAGCAGGAUUUUCUCCUUAGUCUUCCUUCUCUUAUUCAGCUCAUGUGAUCCAUAGGUAAGAAGAGAUGGAUAGUUAAGAAGGGAUGUUACACAUAAUUCCAUUUAAUUCCUCUACACUGAAGUGAGUUAGUCCAAGAAGCAAUGCUGCUUUGGGAAUUUUUAAAUAAGGUACUAAUGGGAUUUGACUGGGAAUUGGCUCAAGGAGUAAGCCAUCUUUUACUAAACCACCAUU